CACUUGAAUCGUUUGUUCGUGUUUGUGCAGACCGGACACCACACCGGUGUAUUUCUCGGCUUUUUCGUUGUGGUUUUUAUCCUACAGGUCACCGCGCCCGUCGAAUCAUUCAUUAACCGACUAUUUAGCAGCAUCAGAAGCGAUGGCACAGGCCAAAAUCAACGCUAAAAUGAACGAUACAACUAAAAACAAAUUCACCAGAACCAUGUCAAUGGCAGACCGGUCCGGACGGCUGCUGGAGAGCCUGGAUCAGAUUGAAAUGAGGGUUGAAGCUCUGCGAGAAGAAGCCACGGCGAUGGAGCAGGAGCGAGAGUAUUUGAUCGAGAUGAUCCAGUCCAUACAAAACAGCCAAGAAAUGAGGAGCAUCUGCGACGGAGAGAGAGAAGAGCUGUCUCUGACCGCCGCCAGACUGAUGGGCAGGACGCUGACAGUGAAAGUCUCUCUGGAAACCAUCAGAAACCAGCAGCAGGAGGAGGCCUUGCAGAAAGCCAUGAAGAUGAUAGAUGAGAUCGCAGGGAAGGUUCUGGAGGAUCUGCAGUCGGCCAGGACUCGUCUGGAGGCUCUGCAUGCCGCAUGUGUUUCUGACACGCCACCGGUGCCUGUCGACCAGAAGUUUCAGAGCGUGGUGAUCAGCUGCGCACUGGAGGAUCAGAAGAAGAUCAAGAGACGCCUGGAGACUCUCAUCAGGAACACGGACAAUGCGGAGAAGACCAUUCAGAUCAUGGACAACCAGAAGGUGGAUCUAGCCAAGCUCGCCAAUGGAAAAUAAGAGCUCACUUUCUUUAAGAGUGUUGGUUCUGGUAGUACAGAAAUUAUUCAUCCUUGUUUGCCUAUUACAGGGGUCACCAAACUUGUUCCUGGAGGGCCGGUGUCCUGCAGAUUUUAGCUCCAACCCUAAUCAAACACACCUGAAUGAGCUAAUCAAGAUCUUAAUAGGUAUACUUGAAACACCCAGGCAGGUGUGUUGAGGCAAGUUGGAGCUAAACCCUGCAGGGACACCGGCCCUCCAGGAACAAGAUUGGUGACCCCUGGCCUACUAUAUCCAAUCAGUUUGCAGUAGAAAAAAACAAGCCACACCCAUUCUCAUUUAAUAUUCUGUUUCUCUAAGAACUGCGUCACAAUAUGAAACGGUCACAGCAUGGGUGUAUUUGUAGUCAAAGUGAUUGAUUUUAUGCCAGAAAUGAUUAUAGUAUUAAGGAUCUCGUUCUAUUAAGACAUUUAGGAAAUUUCCAUCCAUAAAUAUAUCCAAACUUCAUCUUUGAUUAGUAGUAUGCAUUGGUAAACACUUCAUUUGGACAACUAUAUUAGUUAUUUUCAUAGUAUUUAGAUUUUUGUUAACCCUCAGAUUCCAGAUUGUCAAAUAGUUGUAUCUCAGUCAGUCAUAACAAACCUGAAGAGCUUAUUUAUUUAUUCAGAUGAGCUAUUAAACUUAAUUUCUGGGAUGUUUUGUGAUCUGGGGACGCAAUUGCAUUCAUUUAUAAGACUUGAUAAAUAAUAAAAGCAGCAAUAAAUCAAAUAAAAGCAGUUUUUAUACAUUUUUUAAGGUUAAUAUUAUCGUCCCACUUAAGAUUUGUUGUUUUCUAUUGGCUACAGAAUAAAACACUGCUGUCCAAUGAAUGAGAAGAGCAUUCAGAUCUAUAGAUAACCAGAAGGUGGAUCUGUCCAGUCUCGCCAAUGGCAGAUAAGGGUUUCCUUUAAAGAGUGCAGAUUUUCUACAGAAAUUAUUCUGCCAAAGUACAAAUUUUCUUUUGUUGAAGUAUUUCCCAAAUUAUGUUUAACAGCAGGAGACUUUUACAAUAGUUCCUAUUUAAAAAAUUUGGGCUGGAGAAAGGCGUAUUUCUUUUUAAGAUAUAAUAAAUAAUAACAACUAAUAAAAUAAAUAGUGUUUUUAUAAAUAAAUAAAUAAGUGUUUUAUUUUAUAUGAUUUUUUAAUCAGUCAAUACUAUUAGCCCCCUUAAGAAUAUUUAUCGAACAAACCACCGUGACUUGCCUAAUACACCUAGUUAAGCCUUCAAAUGUCACUUUAAGCUGAAUACUAGUAUCUUGCAAAAUAACUAGUUUAAUAUUAUGUACUGACACUAUGACAAAGCCUAAAACAAAACAAAACAUAGUUAGUAGAGAUUAGAUAUUACAACUAUUAUGUUUAGAAAUGUGUUGAAAAUACAUUAAUACAAUUAAACAUUGUAUUCAAAGUAUUUCAAGGCAUGAACCAGUCUAACCAUCCACAAGUAGAAACACAACACUAUAAGCUGUGAUUUGAAGCAGUGAAGUGUAUAAAAAUCAGACAAAAGCACAACUUCAAUGCAGGGAUGAAUUACAAUCCCAGUGAAGCACUGCCGAUAACACAACCACGAUCAGAAAUAUAGGAAUUCAUAAUAAAAAGUUGUUGGAAGGUCAGUGCAAAAUGUAUGCACAAACUUAUAACUUAAUUACACCAUUCAGAGUGAUCCAGGGAGAAGGGGGCGGGGCUAAAGACACAGCACAUCUCUAAUUGGUGGAAAGUAAAGUCGCUUUUUCCGCCCAUAAAUUCCAGUAUUAAAGGGGUAGUUCACUAAAAAAUUGAUUUCUUUUGAGCCAAAAAGAAAAUACUCUGAGGAAUGUUGGUAAUCGUUGACAUCUAUAGAAGAAGCUAGAAUAAAAUGCAUAAGACAUGUCACUCGUAUAGUUUAAAAUAGGGAAAAGUGUAACAUUUAAUAUGGCGAAUAAGCCCCGCCUCUUAGUGAAGGAGCCAAUCAUUGAUCGAUAUAGACUGAGGACUCUCCAGAGGUGGGGUUUAGUCUAGACGUGUGUUUAUAUGACAGUUUCUGCAGCUUCAUUAUAAACCCUCUGAGGUCAACUCAAGCACACACACGCACACACACAGGCGUUCUGCAGUAUACCACUGAUGGCCUCUUGGUCGUAUGCAUAUUUAUUUUUCUUGUAACUAUAUAUUUUAUCUCUUGUCUAUAUAUUUCUUGUAAGUGUUGAACUAACGACAGAAAAGCUACAGAUUUCACAAACGUCUGCGUGUGUUACUGAUUUCCAACCCCUGAUUACACCUUUAUGAUGUUGUCUUAAUCACCAUAUGAAGCAAUGUGAAUGUGAGUGUGUGUUCAGAUUUGUGCACAUGAAUGUAUUUCCGAGCGUUCGUCAUGUGCUCGUCUAAUAAGGGCGUUUAGCUCUCAGCAUGAUGGGAAUUUCACAUUUGGCCGUCAGGUUUGAGUUUACAGCCUGCAACAGAUCUGACAGGAGCAGCUGAGACAAACAAACUCAUUACAGGACACACGAAAGCAAUCUCAAGCUGCACGGGUGCAUUUCAAAAAGACCAAUUCUAGGCCAAAAGUUAUUAUAAUAUGAAGUAUCAUGUGCCGUUAAGAUAUUUAAUAAAUUUCCUAUCAUAAAUAUAUCCAAACUUUAUUUUUGAUUAGUAUUAUGCAUUAUUAAACACAUCAUUUGGACAAC